AUGUGUGCUGCAUUUUGCUAUGAGGUUUUAAAGUGCUGCACGUCAAAGAUAAGCUCAACCAGGAAUGAAGCCUCUGCACUUUUGUAUCUUCUGAUGAGAAACAACUUUGAGUACACCAAAAGGAAAACCUUUUUAAGGACACAUCUGCAGAUAAUAAUUGCUGUAAGCCAACUGAUAGCAGAUGUAGCACUAAGUGGAGGAUCGAGAUUUCAGGAGUCUUUAUUCAUUAUCAAUAACUUUGCAAACAGUGACAGACCUAUGAAGAAUUAUUCCCUAAUGGAUGUUCAGCCUUCAAAAAUAUUACUCCCAACACUGGUGAAGAAGGAGCAAUGA